AUGGACUAUAUCUUAGACCAGCACAACCUUGCGACGGUACAAUUCCUUAUCUUGCUUGGAGUACACGGCCAGAGGUCACCUUAUGGUGCAGGCGCCUGGUCUCAGAUCCGAUUUGCAACAUCCGUGUGCAUCGAGAUGGGUUUGCACAGGAAGAAGACGGUGAUGGACUCCCCUGCGCACGCAAGGGAUGCAGAAAUUCGGCGGCGUAAUUUCUGGGCGUGCUACUGCCUUGAUAGGGUGACUAGUAUUGUGCUUGGCAGGGCUUUUGCUAUCGCUGAUCGAGACAUUAAUGUCGAGCUUCCUAGUACCAGUCCCGAGUUCUAUACUUUGACACAUUCAGAAGUUCCAGACUCGGAUAAAGCUCAGUGGUCAAAUAUCGAGCCUUUCAUACACAUCAUCAAACUCGACCAGAUCCAGUCACGCAUUCAUAAGGCAGUAUUCCGCGUUGAUAGAGAUGUCUUCAAUGGGACACCGGAACAGCGGGCUAAACUUGACCGAAAGAUGGCUGCCAUUCGGAGCGAUCUGGACGAAUGGCUGCGAACCUAUCCGCAGACACCGAAGAAGGAAAACAAGAUCACCUGGAUGUACGAUCCGGAAAGCGCAUAUCUUGACGCACGAGACUUUUAUGGUGUUCAGUAUCACAAAGCAAUGCUGUUCCUUUUCACCGUCUUUCUUCCUACACUCGACACAUCAGACAUGCGCUUCAUCACAUGUGCGCGCUCAGCGGCUUGUGUUUGUAACGCAUACAAGCGAUUGAGUCAGAACCGAACACUGACCUACACUAUGAUCUCCCUCCAUUCGUGUUUCGUAGCUGGCUUGACACUGGUGUACUGCAUUUGGCGGGAUCGAUCUCUCUUUUCCUACGAUGUUCUAGAGGCAACACGGGCCUGCUCACAGAUCUUGACCAUCUUCGGCGAGAAAUGGCCCGGUGCCGUCAAAUAUCGCGACAUCUUCGAUGCAUUAUCCGGAAGCUUGUUCAAAACAAUUGUCAACUCAACGCCUACUACGACGAUGCACGGUAACGGUUCGAGACCGCUGCAGCUUGAUAUGGAUGCAGAGCCUGGUAUAACGCCGCGGAGUCGACGAGAGAGUCGCGAACAAGCGUCACACCUUCCAACGUAUAGCAACAAGCCUACCAUGUCGCAUAUGGUCACGGACGCUGUGAAAGAGGCUUUUAUGGAGGUUGAUGAAGAGGCACCCGGCGGAUGGCAAGGGUGGCGUAUGUUCAACGAAAUGGUAAGCGAUGAUACGACCUCUGCAGCAAGUGCAGCGAUGCGAUUCGAUGGUGUGAGUCAAAAUCAGACUGAGAUGAGCUGGGAUGCUUACGAUGGUUCUGGAUUUUAUGGCGUAGAUCCGAUCCAAGACGCAGCAAUGCAGAUGGACACCCGCGGUAUGGUGGAUGGUAGUCAAUGGAACUUCGGAGAGUAUAGAUAG